AUGUGUUUCUACGACCAACAGAUCUUUGUUUGCGGCGACCACAAGUGGGGACGAUUCCGAGCUCACUGCAACAAGGAAUACCGAACGGGCGAAACCUGUGGCAUGAAAUUGAUCUUCGAAGCAUCUCGCGUCGCCAGCAAGUGUCAGUUAUGCAAGAAGUAUGAAGUGACAUGGAGGAAGAUCGCCCAGGCCAAGGAACGAGUGGCCCGGUGGGAAGCCGAAGGCAUCAACCCCGUGUCGACCGAAAAGGAAAAGGUUAACAUUGUUGCGUGGCAGAAGGAACUGAAGGAAAUUGAGAUGCAAAGGCAAAGCCGGAUGCGAACGGUAUGAGCUAGAAUGGUAUUGGCGCUUGGUAACGGUGAUUUUGUUUGAAGCUUGUCCUGGUGUUUUGUUUUAUUUCUAAUUGUGUUUUUCCUACCAUUUCCAUUCCUUUCGUGUUUAGGUUAUUCGGGCUUCCUUAUUGUUCUGGGGUGAUGGAUGGAUAUUGAUAGGAAAAGGUGCGAGUGAGGUUAGUCGCAGGAUCCGCCCAGGGAACGGGAGUGGGGGUCGGCAAGGGGGGCGAUGAAAUGUUCCGAAAGCGUGGGGAUCCAAAAACAGAUCACGCCUAUCUUCUCUCAUUUGUUUGUUUGUUUUUUUCGGUUUUUUCCUUGUCAUGUCUUGCCUUCUUUUCUGCAAGCAGAUAACACUUUGCCGAUAACUCAAUUGAUUGAGCAUUUUCACCAUACAGCCGCGCUGCUAAUGGAGUUGAGACUGGUUUGAUGUCUGGUGUUUUUUUGUCUCUCGGUUUCGCGUCCAUUGCGGCUGGGAAAGUUGCUUUUUUCGGACAGCCGCCCAAAAAUAGAACCGAGCGACAGAUGACACAAGACUAUUGUCUGCCGGCGAUCUUUUUUGAGGCUCUGCCAGAGGAAUCAGAUCAAGAAACGACUUCAAAACAAAAGAACUUAAAAGUAGAGUAG